AUGUCUGGUCAGAGACCGAAUCGACUGCAUAUAAUAGAAAGUUGGGAUGAACUGCGGGGUCCAAUACUUCUGUUCAAAUCUAUCUAUCUAUCUAUCUAUCUAUCUAUCUAUCUAUCUAUCUAUCUAUCUUAUCUCAAAUCUAUCUAUCUAUCUUCUCUUCUAUCUAAAUCUAUCUAUCUAAUUCUGUUCAAAUCUAUCUAUCUAUCUAUCUAUCUAUCUAUCUAUCUAUCUAUCUAUCUAUCUAUCUAUCUAAGUUCUUUCUGUUCAAAUCUAUCUAUCUAUCUAUCUAUCUAUCUAUCUAUCUAUCUAAGUUCUGUUCAAAUCUAUCUUAGUUCUGUUCAAAUCUAUCUAUCUAUCUAUCUAUCUAUCUAUCUAUCUAUCUAUCUUAUGAUCAUUUUAUUUCUUUUUUUCGUCAUUUUCUUUUAUUUCUUCACAUUCAAUUAUUGUGAUUUCUUUUUCUUUCUUUUUUCUUUCUUUCUUUCGUUUUUCUUUCUUUCUUUCUUUAUUUAUUUAUUUAUUUAUUUACUUAUUUUCUUUCUUUACGUUGAUUUUCUUCCGUUUUUUUUCUAUUUAUUUUUAUCUUAUUUUCUAUCUUUCAAUUGUUUGUUCAAAUGUUACGCUCAGUCUUUCUUUUCAUAUUUCUGCCAUAUUCACCCUUUUUUCUUUUUUUCCUUUUUUCUUUAUCUACUUCUUUCUUUAUUUCUUUUCUUUUCUUUUCUUUGUCUGCUUAAUUGUUUUUUUUCUUCCUCAUUUUGUAUUCUAUAUUUUGUUCUUUCCUUGUAUUCUGUAUCUUUCUUUCUUUCUUUCUUUCUUUCUUUCUUUCUUUCUUUCUUUCUUUCUUUCUUCCACAUUCACCCACCCAACGUUCUUUCUUCUCAUAUUUGUCAUUUUUACCCUAUUUCUUUCUUUCUUUCUUUCUUUCUUUCUUUCUUUCUUUUCUUUCUUUCUUUCUUUCUUAAUUUUUGCUUCUACGUUGAACAUAUCACUGAUUCACUUUUACUACCCGAUUUUCUUUCUUUCUUUCUUUCUUUCUUUCUUUAUCUCUUUCUUUCUUUCUUUUCUUUCUUUCUUUCUUUCUUUCUUUCUUUCUUUAUCUCUCUUUCUUUCUUUCUUUCUUUUCAUUCCUACCCAACGUUUUUUUCUCAUAUUUUCAUUUUUACCCUUUUCUUUCUUUCUUUCUUUCUUUCUUUCUUUUCUUUCUUUUCUUUCUUUCUUUCUUUCUUUCUUAAUUUUUGCUUCACGUUGAACAUAUACCUGGAUUCACUUUCUACUCGAUUUUCUUUCUUUCUUUCUUUUUUCUUUUUUAUCUCUUUCUUUUCUUUUUUCUUUCUUUCUUUCUUUCAUUCUACCCAACGUUCUUUUUCUCAUAUUUUCAUUUUUACCCUUUAUUUCUUUCUUUCUUUCUUUCUUUUCUUUCUUUCUUAA